AUAAAACCCAAGUAGUAUCUGACAGUAUCAUCAGCAGCGCUGUGGAGUGAAGACGUUUUUUGGAAAGCAAACGAUCGACAGUAAGAUGGCAAAUCGGGUGUUGGCUAUCGUAGUGGCCAUUAGUGGCUUCAUCGGAGCAUUGCAUGCUCAGCAGUACUGUAACCCUUCCUACUGCACAGGUAACCGCGUGAACGUUGGCUGCAAUCCUCCACCAUUAACCGGUGGGCCUAACUGUGCAACCAAGAGUCCCAGUGUCGUGGACCUCAAUGCCACCUAUCAGAACAUUAUUCUUUCCCAGCACAAUGGGCUACGAUCACAGCUAGCUAUUGGUAACUUGACUGGAUUUGCGCCCGCAAAUCGUAUGCCCACGCUAAGCUGGGACAACGAGCUUGCUGCUCAGGCCGGUAACAAUGCCCGUUCGUGUAACUUUGCCCAUGAUGCAUGCCGCAAUACGGCCGUCUAUGCAUGGGCUGGACAGAACAUUGCUAUAACCAGCUUCUACGGUAUGACUAAAACAGUGGAGACUUUAAUUACUGAUAUGACGAAACGUUGGUGGGAUGAGUACAAGAUUACCCUACAGUCAUUUGUUGACGCAUAUCCACGUAACUAUACCGGGCCAGCGAUUGGACACUUCACUCAGAUGGCAAGCGAUCGUUCGUCGAAGAUCGGUUGCGCAAUGCAGUACUGGUUGGCAGGUAUAUGGAAUAAUUACUAUCUGGUGUGCAACUAUGGAGUGACAAACGUAUUGGAUCGUGCCGUCUAUAAGAAGGGAGCUACUGCUUCCCUGUGUACCACCGGAGUAAACCCAAACAUUCCCGGGCUCUGCUCGGUAAAUGAGAAUGUUCCAGCGUUACCGAACGAUCCGUGA